AUGCCAUCCACGAAACGUGAUUUCCAUAAUGUCAGUAAUCUGAUCCUUGGUUGUGGGACGUUCAACCAUCAAUACAACGACAAUCCCUCCGAUGUGCCCGUGAAACAACUGCUCGAGUCAGCAAUGCAAUCAGGAGUCAAUACUAUCGACACUUCGCCGUACUAUGGACCCAGUGAGAUGCUGAUCGGCCAGGCGUUGUCACAUAUGACAUGGAAGAGAUCCGAACUCACUAUAUGCACCAAAGUAGGUCGCGUUAAGGAGGAGGAGUUUGAUUAUACCACUGAGGGCGUAAGAGCCAGUGUGAUGCGUUCCUUAGAGAGGUUAUUAGGUGGUUCAUUCUCUGAACAAGACCGGGAGUCCUGGUACCUUGACAUAGUAUACUUACACGACGUUGAGUUUCGGACCGUAGAAGAAUGUUUCACAGCAUUACGUGAAUUAAGAGCGUUACAAAACGAAGGGUAUAUCCGUCAUGUGGGGAUAUCAGGGUAUCCAUUGGAUUACUUGUAUAAACUGGCGUUGUUAUGUGUUCAGGAAAAGGGUAUCGGUGCUUUAGAUUGUAUGCUUUCCUAUUGCAAUUUGAAUUUACAAAACGUUCAUCUAUUGGAAUACUACGAUCGUCUCAAGAGUGAAUGCAAAAUCAAACAAAUCGCCAAUGCCUCCGUCCUAUCGAUGUCCUUGUUAAGAGCACAAGAGACCAGGUACUUCCACCCUGCUUCUCCAGAGUUACAAAACAGCGUCCAACUAGCCGCAACGUACUGUAAAACACAUGGUGUGGAUCUUGCGGACCUGGCAGUCAAGUAUGCCUUGGUGCAGUGGAACCUCCGAGGUCCCACUGUCAUUGGGUUCAGUAACAUGACAGAAUUCCAACACGCAUACAAGAUAUAUACGAAGUUGUCCCAAGACGGAUACAAGUUAACAGCGCCAGAGCAGCAACUCGUUGCACAUAUCCAGCAAGAGAUCCUGGGAAAACACCUCAACGAGAAGUGGCCAUCGGGAAUCGCCCACCCAGAGCUAAACCAAGUACAAAUCCAGAGCUGA